GCGGCGGCUCGGGCUCCCGGCCCCCCAGCGGGAGGAGGAUGAAGCGGCGGAACGCGGACUGCAGCAAACUCCGCCGCCCCCUAAAGCGGAACCGGAUCACCGAGGGCAUCUACGGCAGUACAUUUUUAUACCUGAAAUUCCUGGUAGUGUGGGCGCUUGUGUUGCUGGCGGAUUUUGUCCUGGAGUUCAGAUUUGAAUACCUGUGGCCAUUCUGGCUUUUCAUCCGAAGUGUUUAUGAUUCCUUCAGAUAUCAGGGCUUGGCCUUCUCUGUAUUUUUUGUUUGUGUAGCAUUCACCUCAAAUAUCAUAUGUCUCCUGUUCAUCCCUAUACAAUGGCUGUUCUUUGCUGCCAGCACCUAUGUAUGGGUACAGUAUGUCUGGCACACAGAAAGGGGAGUGUGUUUGCCCACAGUGUCCCUAUGGAUACUCUUUGUUUAUAUUGAAGCAGCAAUUAGAUUUAAAGAUCUCAAAAACUUUCAUGUAGACCUCUGUCGUCCAUUUGCUGCUCACUGUAUUGGGUACCCUGUGGUGACCUUGGGCUUUGGCUUCAAAAGUUACGUAAGCUAUAAGAUGCGGUUAAGAAAACAAAAAGAGGUGCAGAAAGAGAAUGAAUUUUACAUGCAGCUUCUUCAACAGGCUCUCCCUCCAGAGCAACAGAUGCUGCAGAGGCAAGAGAGGGAGGCGGAGGAAGCAGCCAAAGGAUUGUCUGAUGUGGAUUCCUCAAUGCUGUUACACCACAACGGAGGCAUUCCAACCAGCAAAAAGUUAUCCACAACUUUGCCAGAGCUAGAAUACAGAGAAAAGGGGAAAGAAAAGGAAAAAGAUGCCAAGAAACACAAUCUUGGAAUAAAUAACAAUAUUUUACAGCCUGUAGACUCUAAAAUACAAGAAAUUGAAUAUAUGGAAAACCAUAUUAAUAGUAAAAGAUUGAAUAAUGACCUGGUGGGAAGUACAGAAAACCUCUUAAAGGAGGACUCAUGCACUGCCUCGUCCAAAAAUUACAAAAAUGCCAGUGGUGUUGUGAACUCCUCCCCUCGAAGUCACAGUACCACGAAUGGGAGCAUCCCUUCCUCAUCCAGUAAAAAUGAGAAAAAGCAGAAGUGCACCAGCAAAAGUCCGAGUGUGCACAAGGACUUAAUGGAAAACUGUAUUCCUAACAACCAGCUCAGCAAACCAGAUGCCCUGGUAAGGUUGGAACAAGAUAUUAAAAAGUUAAAGGCUGACCUGCAGGCCAGCAGGCAGGUGGAACAGGAGCUCCGCAGUCAGAUCAGCUCCCUGACGAGCACAGAGCGAGGGAUUCGCUCGGAAAUCGGCCAGCUCCGACAAGAGAAUGAACUGCUCCAGAACAAAUUACAUAACGCUGUCCAAAUGAAACAAAAGGAUAAGCAGACCAUCAGCCAGUUGGAGAAAAAACUGAAAGCAGAGCAGGAGGCCCGAAGCUUUGUAGAAAAGCAAUUAAUGGAGGAGAAAAAAAGGAAGAAGUUAGAAGAAGCAACUGCUGCCCGAGCUGUUGCCUUUGCUGCUGCUACCAGGGGAGAAUGCACCGAAACCUUACGGAAUCGCAUCCGAGAGCUUGAGACAGAAUGCAAGAAGCUAACGAUUGACAUGAAAUUGAAAGAAGACCAAAUCAGAGAGUUAGAAAUUAAAGUUCAGGAGCUCCGGAAAUACAAAGAGAAUGAAAAGGAUACAGAGGUGUUAAUGUCAGCACUGUCAGCCAUGCAGGACAAAACCCAGCACUUAGAAAACAGCCUGAGUGCCGAGACGAGAAUCAAGCUGGAUCUUUUCUCUGCUCUAGGAGACGCUAAACGGCAGCUCGAGAUUGCCCAAGGGCAAAUCAUUCAGAAAGAUCAGGAAAUCAAGGACCUCAAACAGAAGAUCGCAGAAGUCAUGGCGGUCAUGCCCAGCAUAACGUACACUGCAGCCACCAGCCCCCUGAGUCCUGUUUCCCCCCAUUAUUCUUCCAAAUUUGUGGAGACCAGCCCAUCUGGACUUGAUCCCAAUGCCUCUGUUUAUCAGCCCCUGAAGAAAUGAAUGCCAACUUUGUAUUUGCCCAACAUUCUGGUCACAUAGAAGGCAUCGCAAAGGAGCAUCUCUUGCAGUCAAGAUAAAAAAAAUUGUAUUGUGUGGGACUGUAUAUGUUGUCAUUUGAAAAAAAGAAAGGGGGUGGGGGGUGGGAAGAACAUCCAAGUCUGAUUAGAACUGCCCAUCAGUUUUUCUUGUAAAUUUUUAGAAAACCUCACAGAACUUUGCAAUUUAUUUUUCUCGGCCAAUGCAUUAAAACAACUCUUGGAUUUCACAUAGCCAAUUUUGCCUUUUAUGUCCUCUUCAUGGUUUCCUCUUGAAAAAAAAAUGCAGGGCUUUGCUUGACUCUCAACCCUUUCUUUUGGUUUGUUUUCUUUUUUUUUGUUUUUGUUUUUAAUUUUUUGUUUGAAAUAAUCAAGCUAAACCUGCAGAUUGGAUCCACAUGGGAUAAUGAUGAAAAUUCUUUUAGUUUUAUAGGUGGAAAGGGCUCAAUAAUCUGACAAAGCUUUGAUUUUUAUAGCUGGUAUUAAAGAAGAGGAUGUCGAUGUCACAGGGAAAAAAGUGGGUUCCCACCCCCACCCCCACAAAGGGCCAAACAAAUUUAAGAGGCGUUGUGGAAGCACACAGGGAAAAAACCAAUAGCAUGAAUGGCCGGUAAUAUGAUGAGAGCUAUUGCUUCGUCUUUCUGUUCCCCUCGGUGUUUUUAGUCCAUAAGCAUCGCUAGCAGUCCUACUCACAGUGCCUUGGGAAAGAGAUGUUUCAAGAGGAGACUUGGUAGUUUUCAAACCAUUCCCCCUUCACUGUCAUUUAGCUUCAACAUCGAGCUUAUUACCGAUCAUCCUGCAAAAAGUGGACGUGGUGGUAGCUGGACUGUUGAUGGUGGCGACCGAGGUGUCGGGCCUCCUCUGGGUCUUGAGCAGCAUUCUGUCCCUUGCCUCAGUCACACCACACCACACCCUUGAAAGAGCUCAGGUAGCGAAGCAGAGAAUUCUUGGGAAGGGAGAGCUGGGCUGUGCAGUGUACCGUAUGCCGGAGACUAAAGGUGGCCAAUAAAAGGAACACUUCCGGGUUUGUGUUUUUUUUUUAAACUUCUUUUAUUUAACUUUGAUUUCCACUCCACACCAUCUUGUGUUUGACUGCUAAGCACGACCAACUCUUUCUCAGCUAUUGUGCCAAGGAGUUUUCUUUUAAAGUUCAUUCUUUUAAAGAUACUCAUAAAUCGCACCAAGACUUCAGCUUCAGAUGUAUAUUACACAUGGGUAGAAAACUGCACUGGCGACUCUGGGGAGCGUUUCAGGAUGGGGUAGGGGUGGGCAGGCAAGGCAAAAUUCUGUUUGGACGCUAGGAAAAUUCAGAAACCAAAUGGACUAAUUUGGUUUUCUCGCUGGGGGUUCUAGAAGAACGCAGCUCUUUUCAAAAGUUUCAUGUAAUUGGCAUGUAAUGUCUCAUUUAAAACAAAUUACAUAGAGUAAGCAAGUCAGUAAAAAUAGAAAUGUUAAAAGAUUCAUCACUUUAAUCACAGGCCUUCUUUUGGUAUUAAAACAAAAAGCAAACAACUUUUAGCUUCAGCCAGAUGUGCAUGUCGCUAUCAUUUUGCAUUUUUGAAUCAUCUUGUGUAAUUGUCACCAUAAAAGUGUUACUCAGAAAUGUCACAGAUUUUUCAUCUUUGUGCAAAACAUGAAAAAUUGUCACUCUUUGUGUUGAGGGUUUCCCCCAUUUUGCUCCCCUUUGGGAUAUCAUUUUCGUUCACUACUUGGUCUUGGCUGCAUUCUUUUAUUCUGUGGGGUUUAAAAGAAUAAACAAUUUCUUGCAGAUA